AUGACGGUUAAUUCAUUCCAAAUAACUAACCAAUUGGGAUUCCCUUUAUUAGUUAUAGCAUCAGAACAAGGUAUUCGAUUUGUUAAAUAUAAAUCAGAAUAUUGCUGUCCGUUACAACAUAUUUUAUUUCCAAUUGAAGGAGUAAAACAAGCUUUUUUAUUUAAACAAUAUGUCUUGUAUUUCACUCACUCAUACUCAAAAACAAGUUCCCCUAAUAGAUUACUUUUCUUUAAAAUAGAAAGUAAUCUCUUUGAUGGAUUGGAAAGUCCAAAAGAAUAUCAUGCAAUAAUUAAUCAAAAAAAAUUAGAUGACAUUGACUUAGUACAAAUACCAUUAAAUUCAAAAAUUAUUGCAAUGAAAAAUGUUGGAGAAGAAUAUAUUAUUGUCUUAUGUCUUAAUAUGUUAUUUUGUUUUGAUAAAGAAAUGGAAUAUGUCUUUUCUAUAGAAGUUAAUCAUCCUACUGGUAUUACUGCAUCACAAUCAAGUAUUAAUAUAAUGUAUGUUUCUGACAAUCAUUAUUGUGUUGAUGAAAAAAAAAUUAUGGAUAAUAAGACACUUAAUAACAUUAGGACUUAUCAAAACUGUUAUUGGAGAGAAACAGCCUCAUUAAUGGGUUAUUCAAAUGAAGAAUAUACCAUCACGGCUAUGAUUGUUUCUUCUUCUAUUGAAAUUAAAGUAUUACAAGGAAUUAAUGAAAAAAAGAAAAUUAUUAUUACUAGACCAUAUGACCCAACCAUCCGAUUUGUUGGUGUAUAUGGUAAAGGAAAUAAUAGAGUUAUAUUUAUUGGAAUAAACAACUAUAUUUAUAGUACUAUUAUAUCAUCUGAUAAUCCCAAAAUAAAUAAAAACGAAACUAAAGAACCAUUUAGUUUUGGAAAGUCAAGUAGUCUUAUUACUUUUGGAAAAAAAGAAUCAGAAACACAAUGCUAUGUAAAUAUUUUCCAUGGAAAUGUUCAAACAAUCUUUAGUUAUGAUUUUCUUACUAAUAAACUUCAAAAGGAAAUGACAACGAUGAUUGGCAAACUUUAA